CCCGCAUUCCUCCCGUUCUAUUGCCUUCGAGGGAGGAACUAUAUUUGCAUAAUUGGAAGAUAGGUAUCGAGUGACUGACUGACUGUAUAGUUAGUGCCAAACCUUCCGGGAAAGCUCACAAAGGGAGCUAGCUCUUGCUCACACUAGACGUGCUCUGCCUUCUCUGGACAGACGACUACAAGAGACAGCAACGAUGACCUUUUACGAUGGCCUUUACCCCUUCUACCCAACAGCGCGGACACCAGUAGGGUUCAACACCAUUGAAAUUGUGGUCAUUAUUAUCUUUUUAGUUUUCCUGGUGUCUUUCCUCAUAAUACUCAUUGGAAUCCGCGGAGCUGAAAGAUUCCACUGGCUUGCAAGGGUAACCCUCAGCCUGUUCAUCGGAGUUGUUAUUGUCGCUGUUAAUUACAGCAAUAACUGGGAACUGGCCUCAGCCACUGUGAACACAACGUAAUCAUUCAGCAGCGUGAAUGUGAAUGCUGAAGUCGGGAUUCAUGUCGGGUUUUCAGGAGUAAAUGUGACACUCAGAGGAGUUCCUGAAAUCCAGCAGAAUGAAACCAUCAACUACAAUGAAGAGUUUUUGUGGAAAUCUGGGAAAGGCUUGCUGAUGCAUAUCCGUGACGGAUUGGAGAGGGGCCUUCCCGAUCCGAUCCUGUACAUCGCAGAAAAGUUCACUCCGAACAGCCCAUGUGGUGUUUCACAGUACAAGGUCUCCAGCCAGUACGCCUCAGCCACAAUGUGGGUUGCCCUUGUUGCCUGGAUGCUCGCCAACAUCCUUCUCUGGCUCAAAGUCCCUCUAUACGGAGCCUACAUGAUAUUGGUAACCGGUGCGUUCAUGAUAUUUUCACUCAUCUCCUUCGGAACAACAAGGAAGACAGAACUCUGUGCGAUCAUGUUUUGACGAUAUGAGGUUGGACAGUGCCCUUGGUCCAUCCUUUUGGCUAACAUUGGCACAGCUUUGCUGACAUUAAUUAUCGGGAUCACCAUUAUGGCACUGAGCUUCUGGGCUCCGCAAAUUCUGAGCAAAGUCUUCAUCUUAACCGACAACACCAAUGAUGAAGACACGGAUGGUGAAGAUUAUUACAAUGUCCACUACCAGGAGAAUGAAAGACCUACUGAUGUGCCAAUGAAGACCCUGGAAAAUGUGGUGUGACCUGC